AUGCAAGUAAUUCUAAUAAAAGUGGUCAUAAUACAAAAAAAAACAAAAUUAAAAAAACUUUGUGAAACACGAUGGGUUGAUCGACAUGCUUCACUUAUAACAUUCAAAGAACUGUACAUUUAUAUAAUUUCUACUCUAGAACAUCUUGAUAAAUAUGAUACAAAUCCUGAAACGUCAACCAAAGCGUCGGUAUAUGUGAGUGCUAUAACUAAGAGUGAUUUCCUUAUCUCUCUGGAAGUAGCUGUAACUUGCUUCUCAUAUAUAAUACAAUUAAGUCAAAUACUACAAAGUAAACAGCAGGACCUAUCUAAAGCUUUAAAUGAUGUUAUGAUUGUUAGAGAAGCUUUAGAAGCCAUUCGAGAAGAUGCUGAUAAAUCCUUUAAGGAAAUAAUGAAAAAUGUUACCACAAUAGCUUCUGAACUUGAAAUUGAAAUACGCAUGCCUCGAAUCUGUGGGAGACAAACUGCCCGAAACAAUGUCAAUGCCAAAGACGCAGAGGAAUAUUAUAAAAUAGUAAUAUUUAUACCAUUUCUUGAUAAUUUAAUCUUACAGUUGCAUUCAAGAUUUGAUAAAAUACUAGAAACAAUUAUACCACUAGAAGGACUCAUACCAUCUAAUUUGUCACAUUAUGAUGACCAAGCAAUCUUAGCUGCUGCUUCUAUUUACGAGGAUGACUUUUUAGUUAGUAUGAAUACAUGUUUGAAAGCCGAGUUAUUCAUACGGAGAAAUCAAUGGCAAUUGAGAGAAAAUUUACCAGAGACUGCUGUAGAAGCAAUUCAACACUGCACAGAGCUUUUUCCAAAUAUAAAGAAGAUUCUUCAAUUAUUUGCUACUCUGCCUGUAACAUCCGCUACUCCAGAACGUACAUUUUCAGUUCUUAAAAGACUGAAAACAUAUUUAAGAGCUACAAUGAAUGAAGAAAGGUUGAAUGGUUUGGCCUUAGCUACAAUAAAUAAAGAUGAAUUGGAAUAUGAAAACGUAGAAAAAGAUAUAAUGACUGCAUUUAUAAAUAAAUCUCCUAGGAGGAUGAAAGUUGUAGAUUGGACAUAA